UUAUAAUUUGCGAUGGCGGUGAAUUUGCUCAAAGAAGCUAUUGUCGAACCGCAAGAAAAACGACUAAAACUCGAGGAAAACAUCUCUAAUUCAUUGAAAGAAACUUUUGAGGUGGAUAAAACAAGUGAAAAACCCAUUUCGACUGAAAUUGAACUGAAAAGUUCUAUAAACUGUUUUGUGAACGACCAGAGUAAUAAACGUUCUGAGUCAACUGUUGGAGUGACAGAGUAUUGUUGUGAGAAUAAGGGUUUUUCUGGUGUUCUGAAGCAAAGAUAUUCAGAUUUUCUUGUUAAUGAAAUAGAUCUUAAUGGAAUGAUUGCUCAUUUGACGAACACAGAACUACCCAAGAUUGUGAUACAGGAAGAAGUUGAAAAUUCAGUGCUACCAGAUACGGUGCUUGAGAAGUUGAAAGAUUUCGUAAAUGCUGGUGAUAAAACAUCCAAGUUAAUCGUUGCAACAGAAAAUAAUAAAGAACAUAGGACUAUCAUACAUCGCCAGAUAAGGCAACAGUUUUCAGUUUUGGAUAGCGACACAGUUGAUGUUGAUGGAAAUAAAGUUGUACGUGUGUUCUAUUCACUUCCAUCUGACAACAAGAGAAGACGAAAAAAUGACUGGCCUAAAGAUCGUGGAGAAUAUUGUCAUUUUUGCUUGUACAAAGAAAACAAAGAUACAAUGCAAGCCAUCAAUUUACUUGCAAAGUAUUUGAAAAUUAAACCUGACCGCUUUUCUUACGCUGGUACUAAAGAUGCUCGAGCAAUCACUGUACAAAAUGUUUCUGUGUUUCGAAUUGAUGCCAGAAAUCUUCUAGGGCUCAACAAAGUACUUCAUAACAUUCGUGUUGGAAACUUUGAGUUCAAAAAGGCACCAUUAAAAUUAGGCGAUCUGAAAGGAAAUUCUUUUGUUAUUGUACUAAGAAAUGUUGAUGGUACAGAUGAUAUCAUUAGGAAUGCAAUGACAUCUUUAAAAGACAAUGGAUUUAUUAAUUAUUUUGGCUUGCAAAGAUUUGGAUCAAGCAAGAAUUCAACACAUUCUAUAGGCUUGUGUCUUCUCAAAAGUGAGUGGAAUAUGGCCAUUGACCUAAUUCUUGGAUCACGUUGUAAUUACAAUGAAUAUACAAAGAAAGCCUACGAGGUUUGGCAAAACAAAAAUGAUGCUAAAGAAGCUCUCAAAGCCUUAGAAGGAAAUAAGUGUUUGGAGAUGUUUCUUCUUGAAGGAUUAUCAAAGUAUAACAAAGAUCUUGUUGGGGCUUUAAAAGUUUUACCACGAAACCAGCGACUGAUGUAUGUUCAUGCUUAUCAAAGUUAUGUUUGGAAUAUAAUGGUUUCUAAACGAUUAAAGGAGUUAGGUUUCAAACCUGUGGUUGGUGAUUUGGUUUAUGAAAAAACAAAGUUGACAGUUGAAGGUGCUAAUAAUGGGCCUUCAAAUGUUAAAGUAGCUACAGAAGAAGACAUAAGUUCUUACAGUAUUGAAGAUAUCGUUAUGCCAUUGCCAGGCUAUGACAUCAAAUAUCCUCAACACGUGGCGAAAGUUUGGUACGAGGAAGCCUUAUUAACUGAUGGAUUGGAUAUUAACAACAUGAGACAUAAAGUAAAAGAUUAUUCAGUGUCUGGAGCUUAUAGACACGUGGUUGUCAAACCAAAGAAUUUGAAUUGGAAAGUAAUUCCAUACGAUGAUCCUAACAUAUCAUUGGUCCAGACUGAUCUUGAUCGUAUGGCCCGGGUAUCGGAGCAGGAAACACUUAAUGAUGGAAAGUACCGAGCAUUAAAGUUGGAGUUUGAUUUACCAACAUCUUCAUACGCUACAAUGUUAGUGAGAGAAAUACUUAAAACUGAUACAUCUCCUUUCCAUCAUUCGUCACUUAAUGAUAUGCAAUCAACUGCAUAAAAAUGAUAACGUUUAACAUGUUUUUCUUAGCUCACCUCCGCUUAGAGAUUUUUCUGUCAUUAAAGUUGUUCACCUCUUGUUUAUAAUCAUCAUAAGGCAGGCGACGUGUUAAAAAAUCAAUAAAACUUGUGUGAUGUAUGAAAUCUUAAAAAUUAAACUUAUUGAAAAGAAUGAAAGAUGUGAUUAUGGCAUAUAAAUAAUUUUAUAUGAGGAGAAUUUAUUAUUUCAUUUUUGACUCAGUCAUCUUCACAAAUGUAUAAUGAAGGAUGCUCGUAGGAUAUCGGGGACAGAUAGUUAUGUUUUUUAAACAAUCCCAACAUUAUAAGUUCAACAUCGUUGAACGUUUUGUUUUGCGUUUUGUAAACGUUGAAUAAAGCCUCGUAUUACGAAAUAUUCACCUGGUGAAUUCAA